CCUCAAUUGGUCUUCACGUUAAAGGAAGCCAUAACGAGGGAGCAAGCCAUCACGAUGACGACCACCGUGGCUACUAGCAACCGCCAGGAUGAGUGGAAGAUCGAGCAGGGUCUGUCGGCCGCCGUGCUCCCCGUCCUCGACAUGACCAAGCCCAAGACGGAACGACUGGCGAUCCAAACCUUUGGUCCUCUCACCAAGGACGAGAAGGCAAUCAAGGCUGUCGGCAAUCGUGACAAGCUCUUUGCAGCUGAACGGAAGGGUUGGGCUGGAUUCGUUGAAUGGGAGAAUCACCCCGAUAAGAAGGCUGCAGCACACAAGAUCCUGACCGCCCAGACCUUCCCUCCCAAUCCAGAGUUCCAGCUCGCCACGAUUCCAGAUACCAACCCCGUCCUCCCAGGCACCCACUGGAAGAUGUGGCAUCACGCCAUCGGUGGUGAGCUUUCCAGGGUCCCUGAAAGCUCUUGGGAGACGGUCCUCAAAGAGAAGCACCCCGAUAUGCUGCAUCUAUUGCAGUUCCCUUAUAAUGGGGAGCCUCCCAAGCGCCUCGCCACCGACCAGGAAGUCACGCCGAAUUCGCUCCAUUUUGUGAGAAAUCAUGGCGGCAUUCCCAUCAUCGAGAAACAGGCCUACAGCUUUCUGCUCGAUGGCUUGGUGGCGAAGCCCCGUUCCUUUACCUUGGAUGAGCUCAUGGACGAGUCCAAAUUCCCCCGCAUGGAGAAGACCAUAACUAUGCAAUGCUCGGGAACUCGUCGAAUCGAACAGAUUCUCAAAUACCCUGGGCAAGGUGAUGAGGUUCCUCAGGCGCCUUGGGCCGAAGGCGCUAUCGGCACCGCUCGCUAUGUCGGGGUGAGCCUGAAGAAAGUCAUUAAAGCCUGUGGUGGCUUGAAAGACGGCGCCAAGCAUCUUGAAUUCUAUGGAGCCGACACCUAUUUCAAGGACAACAAGACCAUGAACUACCUUGUCAGUGUUCCAUGGUCCAAGGUCAAGGCAAACGAGGUGAUGUUGGCCUGGGAGAUGAACGGCGAGGUCCUCCCAAAGAUCCAUGGGUACCCACUGCGCGUCGUCGUCCUGGGCUACAUUGGAGCGAGGAGCGUCAAGUGGCUCUAUCGGAUCAAGGCUAUCGAGAAGCCCUCGCGUGCACCUGUUCAGAGCCAGGAGUACCUGUACUUCCCGCAGCAGGUCGGCAAGCACAACUUCAAGCUCACAGACGGUAUCCAGAUUCAAGAGAUGCCCGUCAGCUCGGCCAUCGUGUCGCCCUGGACAAAGCAAGUCGUCAUUCACGGCGGCAAAAUCCGGUGCAAGGGCUGGGCUUACUCUGGAGGCGGUCGCUGGCCGGAGCGCGUCGAGCUCUCAGCUGAUGGUGGCUUCAACUGGUACGCCAUUCCGGACCAGAAUCUGUCCAAGAAGCGGAAGUGGACUUGGCGCACAUGGUCAUACGAGUUGCCUUGCGACGUCGAGGGCUGGGUCGAGAUUGUAGUGCGCUGCUGGGACAACGCCCUCAAUACCCAACCGCCCGAGGUUCGAACAGCCUGGAAUUGGGGUUUGCACGUCACCAGUUCCUGCCAUCGCAUCUCUGUCUACAGCGUCAACAAAUCCAGGCCACUAACCAAGGCCCGACUCGCCGAGUUUGAGAAGGCCGGAAUCCCGUUUGGUCCCAUCACCGUGCCGCUCGCAUUCCCAGCUCAGGGCUGGGACGACUACGAGAAGUAUUGGAACGAGCAUGAUCCACGUGAUGCUGAAGAGGACUGA